AUGCAUAACAACAAAGAUAUUGAUUAUGAAAUCCUUGAUAAUAGCUAAAUGAGCAAAGACGAACCAAACUAAUUUUAAUACAUUUUCAGCCAUUAUAGCAAGUAUGGUAAAUAUAAAGACUCUUAGAACUCAUUGAUCAACGAAUAAGAUAUUGGUUCAAUCAAAUUUAAAUUGUAGAUAUGCAGGUAUAAUGGGGAUGGAAAUUUUACAUUAGAUCUUUUCAGUAACAACUUCUAUGAAUACUUAGGAAUUCAGUUAUCAUAGGAGGAAACUUUAGUACAGAUCGAAAAGGAUUUCAAAAUUAAGAAGGAGGGAUUAUACAGCGUAUAUUUGGCAUUCUGCUCUACAACAGAUGAAUACAUACCUUAAAAAGAGAUUGACUACGAGAAAUCUCUCAGAAUAAUAGAAGCCUCUGUCUCAUUUUAUAAUGUAAAUCACGGCUAUUUAUCAGCUGAAAAUUACCUUAAGUUGAAAGUAAUUUCUACCCUUUAAAAUUUUACUUUAAAGGAAAGAUUUGAGGAAUAUGGAAAAGUUGUGAGAAUAUUAGCCAUACCUCAAGUUAUUAUUAUUAUCUGCAUUCUUUACAUAUCUCACAAUGGAUAUUAUAAGAUCUUAGGGAGACUUGUUGUCUUUAGAGAAACAUAUAAAAUUAAGGUAUUUCGAAGACUCAGGAAAGUAGCGAAUUUUACUUUGAUGGUUAUCUUGAUAUUCAGUAUUUUCAUCUUAUUUUGGCAGUAUGAAUGGCUCAAAGAUUUUAAUGGAGGGGAAGGAGGCUUAAUUGAUAUUCUAUUCACUCUAGAUCUAUUCUUUAUAAUGAUAAUAAUGUGUCCUAGCGAAGAAAGUCUUAAAUUUAGAUUUGAUCCUGUUUUGGAAUUGGAUUGCUAUGAGUAAGAAAGAGAAAACGAUUUCUACAAUGUUGGAAAUGGAUCUGAUGUUUAUGAUAUGGAUUAAGGAAGCAUGAUAGAGUUGUCAACAAUUCGUUGA